AAGUCUAACCCGGAAGUGACGUGAUGUUGUUUACAGUGCGCAGUUGACUCUCUAGUAAUUGGGAGCUAACGAAGCUAAUGCAUCAAAAUUUCGUAAUUGUAAUUACACAUUUGCAACUCAGAGUUUGGUCACAUUUUCGAUGGGUGCUCACGGAGUUUUGGGGAACGAGCCUGAGUCUAUAGACUACUCUGUGCACGAGGCCUGGAACGAGGCCACUAAUGUCUACUUGCUGGUUAUUCUGGUCAGCUUUGGCCUGCUCAUCUACGCUAGAAAAAACAAGAGGAAGAUCAUGCGCAUCUUCGCUCUGCCUCCCACCGCCGGCAGCAGCCCGGAGCCAAACUUCUAUGACAGCCUGCAGAAGGUCCGUCUGCGGCAGCAGCUGGAGAUGUACUCUCUGGCCCGGAAGUUUGAGCAGCAGCAGACAGACAGCGUGCAGCUCUCCAUGGAAUAAGACGGUGUUCACCCCUUUUAUCUGACCCGAGCAAACACUCGACGUGUUCAUGCUGCGCUUUUAUAUGGAUUCGGCUGAUAGACGGAGAUGGCUGUGGGAGAUCCUGGAAGAGACGUCUGCGUCUUCACUCGCCUUCUGUUGUCUCGUGUUCAUCUGUGGCGCAUCGUGCUGAUACAGCAGGAAGGAUGAAGAAAAGUCAUGGACACUUUUUAAGUGCAGCAGUGACGGAAAAUAUAGGAAGAAUUUUCUGAGCUGGGAAAAGAUCCUUCAUCUUCAUCAUGGCUACAUGUUUUAUUAAUUGUUAGAUAUGUAUAGAUUAGUGAUUUGAAAAAUGAUUAUUCUCAAAUGUGCAAAUAAAGCAGAAAAACCUGA